UUAGGGCCGUACUAGUCAACGGUAUAUUCAAUCCGACUCGGACUGCUGAGGCAGUGUCCUUCCCACGUUGUGCCAGCUUCGAGCGGGCACACACACCGCUUUGAUGACUCGCAUUUCACCGCUCUCAAAAUCCCUGAGCAAGACUCUCUGUCUGACUGUGCGACGAGCCCCGUCCGACUGGCGACGCCGACGCUCACCGCCGCCAGCUGACAGACUCGAACAUCGCUCCGCCGCUUCCAUAUGCGGCAUGAGGACACGUGAUGAGGUCUUGGAGAGGCGGCGCGCGGCGCAGCAGCGCCCCAUCCCUCUCCGUAGAACCACCACCACUGUUUGUGCGUCUCCAGGCUCUCUCUGCUAUAAAUUCGCUCGUUCAUUCACCAACUCACCCAGCUUUGCCUGCAAAGACCCCUAGACCCAUAUAGACGCAUGCGAUUGUCGGCCGUGCCCUUGGUCCUGGCUGGUGCCAGCCUGGCUAUCCAGGCAGGUGCUGUGCCCCUCCGAGUCGUGGUCGUCUCUUCGCACCAGGAAGUGUCCGCGAACAAUGCUCAUGCCAACUCUGAAGCCAACAUCGUCGCAGCCAUGCCCGGCCCCGCGCUCGUCUCUGGUGGCGGAAUGAUGCGUGUAUACCACAAUUCUUCCGUCCAGCCUGGCGAGCGCAUCCGCGCCCAUCACUGCGGUGGCUCCGUCAGAGACACCAUGAAGUCCUUCAUCAACAAGGUCUUCGGGUUCUCGGGCGGCGAGCAGCCUCACCCUCACAUCCCACCGCCCCAUGAGCCUGGGCGAGUCGCCAUCCUCCCCUGGUUCGGCACUCCAAACGACUUCGCCGAUCACCCGGAUGGCAAGGCUCCGGGCAUGGCCAGCGAGGUCGAAAGUGAUGGAAGAGGUCACCACCACAGUCACCCGCCGAUGGGUGUCGCUCUGCCCCACUCCGAGGGCAACAUGGCUGCGAAACACAGCCCGGAGGAUGUCGGCCCUGUGCGCAUCGUGCACAUUAGCGAGCAGGAGGGCCCGCGCAGGCGCUUCCGCCACCGCCACGGACCCUUCCUCCGCCGCAUGCACUUCGCCCUCAUGGCUCUCGGACCCUGGGAGGGCCGUGCCGUCGCGUUCGUCCUCGGUUGCGGAAUAGGCGUCCUUCUGCGCAUGGUGUGGGUCAUCGGAGUCGUCCUCGCUCGUGCCGUCAGUGGACGCAGGAGCGAGGACAGCUCCGAGGACGUCUUCGAUGCUGAUGCGGAGGAGAUCCUCGUCGCGCCGCCCCAGUACACUCAGUACCCCGACGAGAAAGUCGCCGUCGUCGCCGCCAUCGAGGAGAAGCCCCAGGCGGCCUAGGCCUAGUAGGACCACCAAGCACGUCCAGCGACAAUAGUUGCAGCAAUGCGGCACCCUCAUGCACUCCCUUUUGGCUCUCUCUCCUCGUGGUACCCCUUCAACUUCACAAACACCCAUAUUCAGCCUCCUACCAGAAUCGAAAUCUCCAGUCGUCCUAGUCUGCCUGCGUAUCCCGAUGCCUGUUGUACGAUAUUGUGCCAUUUUCGUCUGACUUCGAAGUAAAUCAGACGAAAUUCGCUCGAUGGACCGGAUUAUAUCUAUUCCCUAGUAAUUUGUUGGCGCGUAUUGUUCCUGUCCUCCUUGAUCCUGAUCUCGAGGGGGU